AUGUUGAUGAACACAGACAAGCUGUGGCACCAAGUCAUGAUCCACCAGUUCGCGCUGGCCGCGGGCUGCGAGGCGGACCAGGUGCAGCAGCUGCUGCAGGCGGCACACAGGCAGUUCGAGACCGCCCUGGGCACGUUCUUCCAAGAAAGCAACAUUCCCAACAGCCACCACCACCCGCAGAUGAUGUGUACUCCCAGCAACACCCCUGCCACACCACCUAACUUCCCUGAUGCGCUAGCCAUGUUCUCCAAGCUUCAAGCCUCUGAGGGCCGGCAGAACAGCAACAGCCCCAUGACAGCUGUGGCUUGCUCCCCUCCUGCAAACUUCAGCCCCUUUUGGGCCGCUUCCCCACCCAGCCACCAGGCGCCCUGGAUCCCGCCCUCUUCCCCCAACUCCUUCCAUCAUCUCCACUGCCCAGAGCCCACGUGGCCCCCUGGAGCGUCCCAGGGGGGCGCCCAGCAGAAAGCCGUGACAGCAAUGGAUGGCCAGAGAUGA